AUGGACGUGGACAUGGACGUGGACAUGGACGUGGACAUAGACGUGGACGUGGACGUGGACGUGGACGUGGACAUGGACGUGGACGUGGACGUGGACGUGGACGUGGACGUGGACAUGGACGUGGACGUGGACGUGGACAUGGACGUGGACAUGGACGUGGACUUGGACGUGGACAUGGACAUGGACGUGGACGUGGACAUGGACGUGGACGUGGACGUGGACGUAGACAUAGACGUGGACGUGGACGUGGACGUGGACAUGGACGUGGACGUGGACGUGGACGUGGACGUGGACAUGGACGUGGACAUGGACGUGGACGUGGACAUGGACGUGGACGUGGACAUGGACGUGGACUGGACGUGGACGUGGGCCGUGGUCAUGGACGUGGACGUGGACAUGGACGUGGUCGUGGUCGUGGACAUGGACGUGGACGUGGAGGACGUGGACGUGGAGGACGUGGACGUGGACGUGGAGGACGUGGACGAGGACGUGGAGGACGUGGACGUGGACGUGGACGUGGACGUGGAAGUGGACGUGGAGGUGGACGUGGACCUGGACGUGGACCUGGACGUUGACCUGGACGUGGACCUGGACGAGGACGUAGACAUGGACGUGGCCUUGGACGUGGACGUGGACGUGGACGUGGACGUGGACGUGGACGUGGACCAUGGACGUGGACACGUGGACGUGGACGUGGACGUAGAAUUGGACGUGGACGUGGAACGUGGACGUGGACGUGACGGGACGUGGACAAAUGGACGUGGACGUACAAUGGACGUGCACGUGCACGUGGACCUGGACGUGCACGUGGACGUGGUUGUGGACGGUGGACUGGACGUGAACGUGGUCUUGGUCGUGGACGUGGUCAUGGUCGUUGGACGUGGACAUGGACGUGGACCGUGGUCAUGGACGUGGACGUGGACAUGGACGUGGUCGUGGUCGUGGACAUGGACGUGGACGUGGUCUUGGGACGUGGACGUGGACGACGUGGACCGUGGAGGACGUGGACGAGGACGUGGAGGACGUGGACGAGGACUUGGAGGACGUGACGUGGACGUGGACGUGGUCGUGGACGUGGACGUGGACUUGGAUGUGGACGUGGACCUGGACGUGGACCUAGACGUGGACCUGGACGUGGACGUGGACGUGGACGUGGAAGUGGACGUGGACGUGGACGUGGACCUAGACGUGGACCUGGACGUGGACAUGGACGAGGACAUGGACGUGGACAUGGACGUGGACGUGGACGCGGACGUGGACGUAGACAUGGACGUGGACGUGGACGUACACAUGGACAUGGACGUGGACGUGGACGUGGACAUGGACAGUGGACGAUGGACGUGGACAGUGGACGUGGACGUAGAAAUGGACGUGGACGUGGACGUGGACGUGGACAUGGAUGUGGAACGUGGACACAUGGACGUGGACGUGGACGUGGACGUGGACGUGGACAUGGACGUGGACGUGGACGUGGACGGACGUGGACGUAGAAAUGGACGUGGACGUGGACAUGGACGUGGACUGGACGUGGACGUGGAGGUGGACGUGGACGUGGACGUAGAAAUGGACGUGGACGUGGACGUGGACGUGGACGUGGACGUGGACGUGGACGUGGAAUGGACGUGGACGUGA